GUUGUAACGAACUGCCUCAUUUUCGAAGCGAAUUGAAGUCAGUUCAAACUGAGUUCAGUUCACCAGCAACACUACAUCACGGAGAACACGCGCUGCGUAUAUCCAAUUGAAUACAUUCCAAACGCCAAGAUCCCAUGCACGGUGGACAGACAACCGAGCAACAUCAUCAUGUUGACGUGUGACGCGUUCGGUGUCCUUCCACCUGUAAGUAAACUUACCCCAGAGCAAGCAAGCUACCAUUUCCUUGCUGGUUACACCUCGAAAACGCCUGGCACGGAGGACGGUGUCCUUGAACCUAUCCCAACAUUCUCGACCUGCUACAGCGCACCUUUCAUUGUGUUACACCUUGGACGCUAUGCAGAAAUGCUGGCCGAGCGCAUGUUUAAGCACAACAUGCCCUGUUGGUUAAUCGACACGGGCUGGACAGGCGGUAAGUUGGGCUCGGGCAAGCGCUGCCCACUUAAAUUCACCCGGCGCAUCGUCGAUGCCGUACACUCCGGGGAGCUCCUCAAUAGUGAAUAUGAGACCUUUGGCGGCUUCGGGCUCCAGAUUCCUACCGCGGUAGAGGGUGUUCCGCGCGAAGUGCUCAACCCGCAUCUACUAGCCUGGGCAGAUUUGAAGGAGGCUUUUGAAUGUGAGGUUCGCAAGCUUGCGGGCAUGUUCCAAAGGCGUUCAAGUUGUACGAAAGCGAUGUGCAAGAAAGCGUGAGGUUGGCAGGUCCACGGGUGGACUAGAAGAAAGAGACUUGGAGUCGCCCAUAAUUUACUCAUAUAAUACUGGUAUAGAGUGUCAUCUGAA